AAUCUCCCCCUGCCAGAACGGAUUGUUCGUUACACGUAUCCUAUGCUCGGAAUCAACCUUGUGAUUAAGGGUAACCCGCCUCCACGGCCCUCCCCUGGGUCCCCAGGGAACCUCUACGUGUGCAACCACCGGACCGCCCUUGAUCCCAUCGUUAUUGCCAUUGCGCUUGGACGCAAAGUUUCCUGCGUGACUUACAGCGUCAGCAAGUUAUCACGCUUCCUGUCACCAAUCCCAGCUGUGGCCUUAACACGAGAUCGUGUGGCUGAUGCUGCCAGGAUCAAGGCAUUACUCCAGAAGGGUGAUUUAGUCGUUUGCCCCGAAGGGACAACGUGCCGGGAGCCUUAUUUACUUAGAUUUAGCGCAUUGUUCGCAGAGUUGAGCGACAGGAUUGUGCCCGUGGCGGUGAACAUUAAGCAGAACAUGUUCUAUGGCACAACAGUACGAGGUGUUAAAUUCUGGGACGCUUACUUCUACUUCAUGAACCCCCGGCCAACGUACGAGAUCACAUUCCUCGACCGGCUACCGGAGGCGAUGACGUGCAAGGCAGGUAAGUCGUCGAUCGAGGUUGCCAAUCAUGUUCAGAAGGUCUUGGGUAAUGCUCUUGGAUUUGAGUGCACUCAAUUGACUAGGAAGGAUAAGUACUUGCUGCUCGGUGGCAAUGAUGGGAAGGUGGAAUCCAUGUAUUCCAAGAAAUAAAAUUGAAUCAAAUUCUCAGUAAUUUGAUCAUAUGCUAAUGAGAGAUCAAAUCUUGCUUUGAUAAAAGUUUAGGUUUGAGUAGGCAACAAUUGUUAUUUUUAGCAAUGUUUAUUCGUUUGUGUAGUAAAACUGCUUAUGAAUUCUGAUGUUGCUGCUGCAGCCCCAUAUUGAUGUAGUAAAAUUCACUAUAAUUUCUUGAUGAUGCUUUGAAUUCGAAUAUUUCAUAAAGUACGGUAAAUUCGUACA